CUGGUGAGUUGCCAGCAAUCCCUUGCCUUUCGCGAAAUGGACGAUCGAAUAAGAGAUAUCAACCGAGCUACCAACGGAACGUGUAAGUGGCUUCUUGAACACUCAGAAUACAGGUCUUGGAAUGAUCGUGACAGAAGCCUCCUCUUGAUAAUGGGAAACCCUGGCUCUGGAAAGUCAACUCUCCUGCGACAUGCAGUCGAGAACGCUACCACAAAACGCCAACCCAAUGACCUUAUUCUCUCCUUUUUCUUUCACGGUCGUGGCACAGACCUACAAAAAACCCGCCUCGGUUUCUUCCGCUCAGUCCUCCACCAGCUCCUCUGCAGCGUUCCCCACGCCCUCCCUAGCCUUGUCUCUGUCUACCAGGAACGAUGCCAGAGAAGGGGCGCAUUUGGCGAAAAGUGGCACUGGUCUCUGGACGAGCUACAAGAUUUCUUCAAGUCGUCGCUUCCAAAGGUGCUGGAGAGCCACUCGAUCCGCCUGUUUAUUGACGCAUUGGACGAAUGUGGCGAGGAGGACGCGGUCGAGCUCGCUGGCGAGUUCAAAACGUUGAUUAAACAGCUACCGCAUACGGCUUCACUUUUGCACAUUUGUUUCACAUGUCGUCACUACCCAAUCCUCGAAUUAGACCUGGACCAUAACGGCGAGGACAUCGUCGCCUACGUCCAAUCCCGCGAGUCUGAAAUCUCGCUGCCAGUGCCAAUUCUGGAGGCAAUCACGGGUCUGGGUCGCGCAACGGGUGUGUUUAUGUGGGUGCGUCUCGUUAUGGAACGGAUUCUUCGCUCUCGCCGCCAGGGCCUAGGCUGGUUGGCGAUUGCGAAGGGGAUCGGCCACAUCCCCGAGAAGCUGCAUGACUUUUACACCGAACUCUUGCAAGACCUGGCCGGCGUGGAGAAGGCUCGUUCACAAAAAAUGUUCCAGUGGAUCUGUUUCGCCAAGAGACGUCUUUUACUAGACGAGUUGCAAUGGGCCAUGAUUGUCGAUGUCGAUUCCCCGCACAGGUCGUUGCGGGAAUCCCGACGCGCAGAAGAUUACGACAGCGACAUGGAGAAGAGAGUGAAAACUCUUAGCCGUGGCCUUGCCGAGGUAAAAGUGUUCCCCGAGGGCACCGUGGUCCAGUUCAUCCACCAGUCGGUCCAAAACUUCAUUAUCGGGAACUACUUAUCGAUGUUGACGACGGGGAACGACGAAGCUGCGAUGGUGACGACGGGCAUGCUAGGGCGCAGUCACUAUCGGCUGUCCGGGACUUGUCUGCGCUACUUAGCCAUGGAGGAGAUCGCUCUCUCGAUACAAAACAAUCCCGAGGCCAAGGAGAUAGAGUCUCGGUUUCCUUUCUUGCGAUAUGCUACCACCUCGUGGGUAACACAUAUGGCCCGGAUCGACACUGUUGAUGAGGCGCAAGACCUUCUACAGUUGCUUGCCUGGCCAUCGAAUGCCCUCAUCGAACUGUGGUCCCACGUGUACCAAAUAAUUGAUGGGAACAGCUCGGAUUGCCCACCAGCAGCAACCAGCCUCUUACAUCUUAUAUCAAAGUCCGGAGUCUUGACGUUAUUAAGGGUUAUUCUACAAGUGGCAGAUACAAUAACCAGAGAGGCCAGUAAAAAAGACGGGCAUGGUCGAAUACCGUUGCAUUACGCUGCUGAGAAUGGCCACGAGGCA